GAAAGAAGAGCUGAUAAUCCGAGAGCCCAGUUCGUUGUUAGUAACAUGCCAAUAUCUGCAGCCGAGAAGCAACGGCGCUAUCGCGCUCAUAGAGACCAGGAUCCAGAGAGGAGAGAACGGUAUCUUCUAUGGGAAAAAAAUAAAUAUAAGAGAGACCGAGAACAAGGAAAAAAACAAAGCAUAGAAGAAUGCAAUGAGGUAGAAAAGGUGUUGAAGCGAAGGAGAUGGAGAGCAGACCAGGCAAAGACCAGUGCAGCAAAAAAGGCUACUGCAGUUGCAGUCAACAGCCUUUCCACACCUCCAGGGAGCUCUGAGUCUGAUCACCAAGAAGUAGAUUGCCAAGAACCAGGCCCUUCAAGACAACGUAGAGAGGGAAGGAAACGGUCAAAACAGCACACACAAAAAAUAACUUCCCUGCUGUUACGGCUGGAAAAAGAGCUGAAAAAGGAACGCAAACAGAAGGAGAAAUUUAAGAAAAGAUGCCAACAUCUGAAGAAACGACAAAUGUCCCCAAGGUCAAAGAUAAACCACGAGCUGCGAGGUUCACCUACACUAGAGCUGGAAAAGGUUUCACCAGUGAAGAUUGAAGUGAAGCAAGAGAUAAAAGAAGAGGAACACAGUGAUGAAGAUGAUGAUGAACAGCAGAUGCUGCAGACACCAGUGAAAAUUGAAGUGAAGCUGGUGGAGAUAAAAGAAGAAAACACAACAGAGGAAAAACAGAGUGAUGAUGAUGAUGAUGAACAGCAGAUGCUGCAGACAUCAGUGAAGAUUGAAGUGAUACAAGUGGAGAUUAAAGAAGAAAACGCAACAGAGGAAAAACAGAGUGAUGAAGAUGACGAUGGUUUUAUUCCGUCAGAGCUGAUGGAAGUGAAAGAGGAAAGUCAAGAACUGAAUGAAGUGGAGGAGAAAUAUCAUGAUUUCACAACUGGAGAAACAUUUAAGAUUGGCUCAAAGAUUGAAACUAAUUUCUCACUAAAAAAGCCUCAAAGAAGAGCAGCCAAAAAUACUUUCUCCUGCUCUCAGUGUGGAAAAUGUUUCACAUAUAAAAGUGAACUUAAUACACACAUGAGAGUUCAUACUGGAGAGAAGCCUUACACGUGCCAUCAGUGCGGAAAGAGUUUCACAUGUGCUGCUGGUCUCUCUUAUCAUCUCCGCUGUCACUCUGGAGAAAGACCAUUUGAAUGUGAUCAGUGUGAUAAAACAUUUGUUGGGAAAUCAUGCCUAAAACGACAUCUGAAAGUGCACACAAAUGAGAAGCCUUACAAGUGUUCUUCUUGUGGAAAGAGUUUUGCAUGCCUGCCUUAUUUGAAAGGGCACCAGAAAAUACAUACCGGUUUGGGGACUCAUAAGUGCUUUGAAUGUGGGAAGACCUUUACUACAGCUAACAACUUGAAACAGCACCAAAGAAUUCAUACUGGAGAGAAACCUUACAAGUGUUCACACUGUGGAAAGAGUUUCACUUGGUCAGAACACCUGAAAAAACACGAGAGAAUUCAUACUGGAGAGAAACCUUACAAGUGCUCGCACUGUGGAAAGAGUUUCACUCAGUUAGAAAAUCUGAAAACACACGAGAGAAUUCAUACUGGAGAGAAACCAUACAGCUGUUCUUCGUGUGGGAGGAGUUUCAUAUAUUCAAGCCAUUUACAGAGACAUGUAAAAAAUAAUUGCACAAGCAGUCACAGAGAGCAUGAAUCAUCUUUAGGUCCAACACUAUCAGGUAAAUAGUUUGCUCACAUUACAGUCAAAUGCACCAGUUGAAGUGAACGUAACUCGGUGAUCUAUCCAAUCAUACACCCAUUGUUUAACCCAUUAACUUGAAUCAUUGUUUCUUAAUGGGGAUAGUUAACCCAAAAAAGAGAAAAUUCUUUCAUCAUUUACUCGCCCUCAUGCCAUCCCAGAUGUAUAGUUCUUUCUUUCUUCUGCUGAACACAAAUUAAUAUUUGAAGGUCUAUACAGUGCAAGUGAAUGGAGACCAAAACUUAUAAGCUUCAUAAAGCACAAAGUCAUCAUAAAAGUAAUCCAUGAGACUCCAGAGGUUUAAUCAAUGUCUUAUGAAUCAAUCCAGUCAGUUUUGGGUGGUAACAGAUCAAAAUGUAACUCCUUUUUCACAAUAAAUCUUGGCAUCGGCAGUCUCUAGGCAUGAUCAUGAUUUCAAGCUUGAUUACACUUCCUAGUGCUUGACGCAUGCACAUUUAAAUGUAUUCAUUUAGCAGAUGCUUUUACCCAAAGCUUCUUACAAAUAAGGAGUUCAAUAGAUGUGAUUCAUCCUGAAAAUUGCUUCAAGAAGCACAAGUAGAAAGGAAGGAUAGAGAAUGUGUUGAACAGUAAUGAGCUUUUCCGUUUUUGCAUUGGUUGGAUAGGGUAAAGUGCUCGCUAAAGAGAUGUGUCUUUAGAUGAUUCUUUAAUUUGGCUAGAGAAUCAGCUGCUCGGGUGGGAUUUAGAAGGUCGUUCCACCAGCGAGGGAUGGAUGAAGUGAAGGUCUGGUAAAAUGAUUUUGUGAGAUGGUACCAUGAGGCGCCACUCACCCGCUGAUCUUAAUCUUCUGGAGGGCACAUAGACUUGAAGUAGCGAGUGUAGAUAGGGUGGUGCAGAAUGCACAGAGCACUAGGAAGUUUCAUCAACCUUGAAAUCAUGACUACUCUCCUGUGAGCACAUGUGAUUGAAUUUCAAGGGGAGGGUCUCAGAUUUUCAUGAGAAAUAACAUCUCUGUGGGAUAAGCUGAGGUGCUGUCAUGUGCUGCUCAUGUGAGCCCAGAUUGUGUUAUGUGGACGAGUUUAAAUUAGUUCUUCAUCGGUGCUUAAAGUGAGCGGUACACCGUAUUGGAGAUGAUGCGAAAAUUACACAGUACCGGCAGCUCUUAUAAGGUGCCAGUAUGGUGUCCGUUAGCUGCAAACCCCUCCCCUUCAUUUUAAAUUCAGUUAGAUAAAUAAUACAAUUCUUUGUUCAGCCUGGAUUAUUUCUACUGUAUAGAAACCUGUCUAUCCUGCUGUGUUUACAUAAUGCCUGGUGUCACUAUUAAAGCCUAUCCUUC